GAAAUGCCUGAAGCCCUGGAGUUCUUCUCGAUACAGCAUGGAUGGAGUUUGUGGGCGCUGAGAGAGCACGUGUGGAUGUCAUGAACGGCCUUCACGAUGAAACCCUUUUAAUUGGAAUCACGCUCUACAGCCACCCAUACGGAGGAGCGUUGCUGAACGAGGACAAGUUCCUGGAAAACAUCCGCCAGUGCGGCUUCACCCUGUGCAUCAUGCUUGGAUUCUCCAUCCUGUCCGCGUCCAUCGGCAGCUCCGCCCUCUUCCCUUGAUUUUCUCGGCCCUUUUGCUUGGUUUCUGUCUGCCUGUGUGUCUCUGUGAUCCUCGCCUUCCAGUUAACGGCUUUCACUUUCCGGGAGAACCCGGCGGCCACGGCCCUCCUGCUGGCACUUUUUGGAUGCGCGACUCUUCCGUGGAUGUUUCUCAUCUCCAGAAUCUUCUUCGGUUCGGACGUGGCUUUCAUCUCCCACAUCUCCCUGAACUUCCUCCUCGGCCUCUGCACCAUGCUGAUGACCGUCAUGCCCUGGCUGUUGGCCUUUGUCUCCAAGGCUCGGAAAGAGACGCUGACUCUGCUUCGCAGAAACCCCUGUGCCUUGAUAAGGCCAGAGCCAGGCUGGCAGCAGCGGGCACGAGAAUUUGCAGAACACCUGUGACGUCCUCAAGUGGGUCUUCACUAUUUUCCCUCAGUUCUGCCUGGGUCAAGGGCUGAUAGAACUCUUGUUACAAUCAGAUCAGAUACAACCUGACCCACAACUUCGGCAUCGAUUCGUACGUGAGCCCCUUCGAGAUGAGCUUCCUGGGCUGGAUCUUUGUGCAGCUGGCGGUACAAGGGAUGGUCCUUCUCCUCCUGAGGGUCCUGCUGCCCGGAGACCUCUGGCAGUGACCCAGGGGCCACUCUGUCAUUCGAGACACAGUCACAUCUUCCGAGGAUGUAGAUGUUGAAAAAGAGCAAGUGAGCGUGUUGGAAGGCAGAACUAGUGGAGACAUUCUCGUGUUGUACAACCUUAGUGAGAGUUACAGAGGCUUCUUCAAUAGGACCCCUGCCGUGCAAGAUAUUAGCUUGGGCCUACUCGGGGGAGAGUGCUUUGGGCGUCUACCGUGAGCGGAGCUGAGAAAACCACCACGUUCCAAAUGCUGACCAGGGACCUGCCUCCGAGCUCGGGACACGCCUUCCUCAGGACUCCCAUGGGGACGAACCCAGCUCAGAGGUGGAUCCCUGCUCGAAGCGGCACCUGUGGGAGGCGGUGACGGAGGAGGCUCAGGAGGGCUGUGCCGUGGUCCUGAGCUCCCACAGCAUGGAGGAGUGUGGGUCCAUGUGCACAAGACUUGCCAUCAUGUUCCAUGACAGCUUCCGGUGACUGGGUUCCCCACAGCACAUCAAAAACAGAAAAUACCAUGAAUGUUUGGAUGGAGAUGCCGCGUUGGGGAGUGGACGACAAUUUUCCAGCAGCUGAGAGCCGGGCGCUGCUGGUUGGUC